AAGGUGGUGGUCCUCUCCUUGUUUCUGUUGCAGGCCCUGAUGAACAGGGCAGAUGAGUUCAUUUCAGUCUGUGGCCAACCAGUGAUAUCGCCUCGAAUUGUCGGUGGCCAAGAUGCAGAGAUUGGAGCCUGGCCGUGGCAGAUGGCAGCACUAGCAGCAAGGAAGGGCCCAGUCAACCACUGCUGCCAUUUGGGGCUACCGAGGCCAUUGUCAGAGGGAGGCAGGCAGGCAAGGGAUAGGCCCGGGCCUGUCAGCGGCCUGAGGGGAAUGAGUGGCCAUGGUGGUAGCAGCAGCGAGGAACGGCCCAGUCAACCACUGCUGCUGCUCCUGGAGGGAGGAGCAGGAGAGGGGUUCAGAAAGAACUCUCAGAAGGAUCUCACGGUGAUUCUGGGGGAAUACCAGAUUGAUGACCCGAGCCCUCAUGCCCGGACCUUCCGUGUCUCUCAUGUGAUCUGCAACGUUGCAUUCGAAGGAGUCGGAAACCGUGGGGACAUUGCCCUUUUGCACCUCCAAGGACCCCUGCAGUAUACUCCGUAUAUCCUUCCUGUGUGCAUGCCAGAUUAUUCUGCUGAUUUCCCUGAGGGGAUGCGUUGCUGGAUAACUGGAUGGGGAGCCAUCAAUUAUGGGGUGCCACUUCCUUAUCCUAGGAGCCUUCAACAAGCUAAAGUUGCCCUCAUCGGUGUCAAAACGUGCAAUGAAAUGUUCAAUGUGUCCUUGCCUGAUUCCAUAGGCUCCACCCCCAUUUUGGAUGACAUGAUUUGUGCUGGAUAUGAAGCAGGACAAACAGAUGCUUGUCAGGGUGAUUCCGGGGGGCCCUUGGUCUGUGCCCAAAACAGCUCCUGGUUUCUGGUUGGCAUUGUGAGCUGGGGAGAAGACUGUGGGUUGCCCCACCGCCCUGGUGUCUACACCAGAGUCACAUCCUACUCUGGCUGGCUGCAGCAUCAUGUUCAGAGCCUACAGUUUGGAGUGGUGCCUAUCACUUUGAGAGCGGGAGGGAGCCAUGUCUGUUGUUUCACCAGUUCCUCUCCCCUUCCCUUCUCUGUUGCCUUCCUGUUGUCUGUUUUGCAGCUCGGCUUUAUGGGGUGUGUCCUGGAAAAUGAAGCCCAGAGCCAAGAUGCAGAAAAUGGCACUCAGACAAUGUGUGGCCAGGUGGUGGCUAAAAACCGCAUUGUAGGAGGAGAGGAUUCCUCUUAUGGGGCUUGGCCAUGGCAAGUCAGUCUCCAGUAUAAGCAAAAGCACAUCUGUGGCGGAACCCUCAUCAAUGCUGAGUGGGUGUUGACAGCAACCCAUUGCUUCCCGGGCAAUGCUGCACUCUCUGAUUACCGAGCAAACCUAGGGAACUAUCAGCUCUCGAACCCAGACUCCAAUGCUCUGUGGCUGAGACUUUCCCAGGUGAUUUUGCACGAGGACUAUGUCACCGAUGGGAGCAGUGGGGAUAUCGCUCUGGCCCAGCUGGAGCAACCUGUCCACUUCACCCAAGGCAUCCUCCCGGCCUGCCUCCCAGAUGCCAAAGUCCAAUUCCCAAAUGGCACAUUGUGUUGGGUGACGGGAUGGGGAGCCCCACAAUAUGGAGCUACCCUAGGUGCUCCCAAGACACUGCAACAGAUCCAGCUGCCCCUGAUAGACACAUUAGCCUGUGAUGCCAUGUACCAUAUUGGCACGGGUAUCAAAGCCAGUAUCCGAGAGGUCCAGGACGACAUGAUCUGCGCUGGCUAUGCCACAGGAGGAAAAGAUGCAUGUUUGGGUGACUCGGGGGGCCCCCUGGUCUGCCAAGAGGAUGGUGCCUGGUUUGUGGCAGGCAUUGUGAGCUGGGGUGACAUGUGUGCCAUCCCCAACCGCCCGGGAGUCUACACCCGUGUCAGCUUCUAUGAGGACUGGAUAAAAAUACACCUCCCUCAGGCUCAGUUUGGCCUUGUCAACAUCACCUACUACCGAGUCAUGCAGCCUUCAUUUGCCUCCCGUCCAGUCUCCAAAGAUUUCUACUUCUUGCUUCUCCUCACAGCCUCCUUCCUCACCUGGACCCUUUUGACAUAAUAGGGCAUUAUUCACCCUCGCCCGGAUGAACUGUUAUGACCCUGUUCCCCAUGCUGUGAACCCGGAACCUUCCAACAAAAUCAUGUCUGGAGAUACAGGGAGUUUCCAUAGCUUCUCCUUGACCUGUUGCUUCCUUGAUGACCUAGCAGGAGCCCAGUUCUUCCUGAGUGGGUAGGUGUUGGAAAGUUCCAGAAAGUCCGAUGUCUUGUAAACAACAAGAAGAUGGGGGCUCUAUGGACUUGUAGGCACACUGGAGAGGGCGAGAGGGCAAGAUAUUCCACUGGUGAAGGAGCAGGACUUUUUUAUUUUUAUUUUUACAUCACACUCUCUGCCUCUUCACUCCCUUCUGUGGAUUAUCCCUUAUGUUCAAAAAAGGGGGCUUUCACAUUCUGCCCUAAAGGUGCUACUUAUGUAAACUUGUGAAUAUAUGCAAAUUUGCACUAUC